AAACUGAUCCCUAAAAGUUGCAUUUUAAAGUUUUGGACUAACAUUGAUUGACAUGGAGCAGUGCGGACCAGUGCCGUAUAAACAUAUUUAUCGGGCUCUGGUGCAGAUGGGUAUUUGUUGUGACCAUUGCACUUAGGCCACACCCUAAUCACUGACGCCAGAGUGGACCCUCGAUUGGCAUGCCAAGGGCGAAUUUAGAGAGACGGAAACAAAAUAGGAAGAGGCAAGUAACGGAUAACACCAAAAUAUAAUUAAAACGAAAGUUCCGCCCUCCUUGUAUCACAUGGUUACAAUGGAAGCUCUGUUUUUGUAUAUAAGACCAGAGGAAAAGGUACGGUUUAUCAGGAAGCUUAUAGCAUUGCAGCAUACAGCAGACCACGGUGUUUUGAACACUUUCAACACGCGUGUCUAAAGGGACAGCAUCGACACACUUGUAAGUCAUCAUGGCGGACUCCAGCACAAUGACAUCCCUCGCCCGGGCUCUGUCACACCACAAACUGGAUGGGGUCGACUCCGGUGAUGCUUGUCCUUCGCGAAAUGUUCCGUGCCGGAGGAGAAUGUUAACAUUCACCCCCUCGACCGAGGAGAUCUGCGCCAAUGAGUCGCGGGUCCUGGUGCUCAACACCGGAGGAACCAUCGGGAUGACGCUUCAUGAUGGCGUGCUUGAACCAGAACCCAAUGCUUUUGUGAAGGCCCUGCGCAAGCUGCCCAUCUUCCACGAUGAGGUGUAUGCCAAGCAGACCCACAUGUAUUACUACUACGACCCUGAGAAAACCCUGGUCCUGCCGGCGACUAAAGACAAGAAGAGGAUCAUCUACACUAUUGAAGACUACGACCCUUUGCUGGACUCCUCCAAUAUGACCCCAAAAGAUUGGGCUACAAUUGGAAGGGACAUUGAGAAAAACUAUGAACUCUAUGACGGCUUUGUGGUCCUUCAUGGCACAGACACCAUGGCUUACACGGCCUCUGCCCUGUCCUUCAUGUGUGAACAUCUGGGCAAACCAGUCAUUCUCACCGGCGCACAGGUGCCUAUCUAUGAGUUGAUAAAUGAUGGCAGAGACAACCUGCUGGGGGCGCUGGUGAUUGCUGGCCAAUAUGUUAUUCCUGAGGUUUGCUUGUACUUCUACAACAAACUCUACAGAGGGAAUCGUGUGACCAAGGUGGAUGCUGGGAGUUACCAUGCAUUCAGCUCUCCUAACAUGGGUCCUCUGGCCACCACUGAGGUGGAUAUUACAAUUAACUGGGACUCAGUGUGGAGGUCAGGCACCACAACAAAGUUUCGAGUCAACACUAAACUGGACCUGAACGUGGGCCUGCUCAGGCUGUUUCCAGGAAUCACUACUGAAACUGUGAAGACUUUUCUGAAGCAUCCCAUGAAGGGUGUGGUCCUGGAGACCUACGGCAGUGGAAAUGCUCCUGAUAACCGCCGUGACCUCUUAGAUGAGUUGCGGAUGGCCACUGAGUCAGGCGUCAUCAUCAUAAACUGCACCCAGUGUCUAAAGGGGACUGUGUCUGCUUCUUACGCCACUGGCAUGGCGUUGAAGGAACAGGGGCUGAUAGCUGGUGGUGACAUGACUCCAGAGGCCGCCCUUACAAAGCUGUCCUAUGUAUUGGCCACAGACAAUGAUCUAGAUGAGAAGAAAAAGAUGAUGGGUCAGAACCUGCGAGGUGAGAUGAAUGCUGACUUAGCGGGAGCCAAGCUGUCCCUGGCUGACAGCCGUUUCAUCCAGGUCAUCGGCAAGACUCUGAGCAUCAGCUGCAAAGAGCAACUGGAAGCCAUCCGCGAUGCCUUGACUCCUACGCUGGCAUGUGCUGCCUCAAAGAUUGGAGACAUAAAGGCCUUGGAUGCUCUAAAAGAAAUGGGCAGUAACUUGUGUCUGGAAGACUAUGAUGGACGUACACCCCUUCACAUUGCCGCCUGUGAGGGCCACCUCAAAGUAGUGCAGUACCUACUAGAACAUGGAGCUACAGUCCAUGCUAAAGAUCGCUAUGGAGACACACCCCUCUGCAAUGCUGUGCGCUUCAGGCGCAAGGAAGUGGUGAAGCUGCUGAGAAAGACUGGAGCCCACCUCUCCAAAGACGAGAUAGAGGAAGCAGGAACAGAACUGUGCAGCCUGGCAGCUAGUGGUGACCGGGAGGGCCUGGAGAUAUGGAGUCUCGCUGGAGCGGACCUGACUAAACCAGGCUAUGACAGGCAGACAGCACGUCAAGUGGCCGAGGCUGUUGGCAAACCUGAAAUGGUGACAUUUUUAGCCCAGCUCAUAAAGAACCAACCCAAGAGCGGCGGAGUCAUCGAGUUCUCCGCCACUCCGUCAGGAAUGUGAGCCGACUUCUACUUCAGCCGACGGGAAUCGUCCACUUCCUCCCAAGCUGUCCUCGUCACACCGCCUGCUGUUAAAAUUCAUAAAGCUGCUCUCAUUUUGAAUGUCUGCAUAAUGCUUGCAUUUACAUAUUGUUAAAAGCCAUAACUGCAUAUAGUCUUUCCCUCCAAAUCCACAAAUAGCACAACAUUGUGUAACCGCUGCCUUGAGUGCACAGUGAGGCAGAUGUAUAUGUUUGAUUGUUGCACAAUAUUUUAUCUGUGUGUUUUAAUCAAAUGAUUUUAUUUCUCUGUAUGAGCACCACAGGCUCACUUAAUGGGAUUAAUUUAGGGAAUAAGGGUGAACGUCACCCAAACAUUUUUAAGAUGGAGAGCACUGAAACCUCCCAUUGCUCCUUCAGCACUGAAGAACGGUGGUUAAAGCUUUUUUAUAUCAAAAUAGUUGCUGUAUGGUACCAUUACUGUUUGUCUCUAUAUAGCAAUAUAUAGAGACAAACAUUUUAUAGUGAGAUGCUGGAAAGUAUCAUGUAAACUAAUGAAAAUAAGAUUAUUAUCUGGAAAGUUAUCAAACUGUUGCACUCAUCCACUGUGUCGAAAGUACAGAAAUGUUCUUUUUCCUUCUGCUAAACGGGCAUUACAAAAACCUACGGUUACCUCUCAGACUAAUCCAUCCUGUUCUUUGUACUGACUGUCAGGCUGGAAGA